AUGAUCUACGCUACCACCAGACAGAACCGGCUAUGGUGGAAAGAAGCAGUCGUCUACGAAGUCUACCCGGCCAGUUUCAAAGACUCAAACAACGACGGCAUAGGAGACAUACAGGGUAUAAUCUCCAAGUUGGAUUACCUUCAUCAUCUCGGAGUCGACGCCAUAUGGGUUGCACCGCACUACAAGAGUCCGCAGGUGGACAUGGGCUACGACAUUAGUGACUUUGAAGAUAUUCACGAACCCUAUGGCACACUGGAGGACUGUCAAUGCCUGAUAGACGAGGUACAUAAACGCGGCAUGCGGAUACUAUUCGACCUAGUCAUCAACCACACAUCCGACCAACACCCUUGGUUUCAAGAGUCCAGGUCUUCAAAAGGAAACCCCAAAAGAGAUUGGUAUAUGUGGAGGCCACCACGAUAUGAUCCAAAUGGAAAAAGGCUGCCUCCGAAUAAUUGGCGAAGCCAAUUCACAGUUCCGGCAUGGACGUGGGAUGAGAAGACACAAGAAUAUUACCUUCACGUCUAUGCCGAUCAACAACCAGAUCUGAACUGGGAAAAUGAAGAGUGCCGUCGGGCCAUCUACGAGAGUGCCAUCAGGUUCUGGCUCAGACGCGGUGUGGAUGGCUUCCGGAUUGACACGGUCAACAAAUACUCCAAAGUCCCUGGACUGCCGGAUGCGAAGAUCUCCGACCCGGGAGAAGACACACAGGUAGCCUUUGACAUGUACACGAACGGACCUCGAAUCCACGAAUACCUCCGCGAGAUCAACAGCGUCUUCGCCGAGUUUGGCGAGAUCAUGACUGUCGGAGAGCUACCCAAUACACCAGACCCGAACAAAGUGCUCGAGUACAUAUCCAAUAAGAACAAGGAACUCAACAUGGUCUUCAACUUUGACACGGUGUACCUUGGAACCAAACCAGGAAACCGAUUCAUCCCGGUGGCAUUCGACAAUUCAGAUUUUAAGCGGGAGCUCACCAAGUGGCAGAAUGUCAUUGACGAUGGCACGGCCUGGACUACGGUGUUCCUCGAAAACCACGACCAGCCAAGGUCGGUGUCCCGCUUCGCGUCGGACGACCCGCACCUGCGAGAGGCUUCGGCAAAGAUGCUGUCGACUGUGCUUUGUUCCCUGAGCGGCACCUUGUUCCUGUACCAAGGGCAGGAAAUCGGAAUGAUCAACGCGCCAGUCGAUUGGCCUGUGGAAAACUAUCAGUGUGUCCGGUCGAGAAACUAUUUUGCCGACGUCUGCGCGAAGACCCAAAACGACCCCGAGGCUAUCGCGGAAGCUCGAAAGGCGCUACAGCGAGUCGCUCGGGAUCAUGCCAGAGUGCCCAUGCAGUGGGACUCUUCGGCGAACGCUGGCUUUACAGGCUUCGAGAUUCACCCUUGGAUGCCGGUAUUAGCCUCGUGCAGAGAGAUCAGCGUCGCAGAUCAGCUGGACCGACGGGACAGCGUUCUUCGCUUCUGGCGAGAAAUGUUGUCGCUCCGGAAAAUGUAUCUCGGUCUUUUUGUCUAUGGGCGGUUCACAAUGGUAGAGUCUCCUGCUGACAUCUUUGUAUUCACGAAACACGACGUUGACUCAGGCUGUACAUCUCUCACUGUGGCCAAUCUGUCGGCAGAGACGAAGGAGUUUACAGUCCCCGCGGAAAUAGAGUUGGACACAUUCAAAUUGAUCAUGCGCACAGUCGGGGAUGUCGAGUCCAAACUAGAACCAUUCGAGGCACGGAUAUACGUGAGUGGUGCAGAAUGA